AUGACCGAGGAUCAUCGAGGCAAGGCCCUCCAGUACCAGGAGGGCGCCAAGAGGGAGGGUCGGUACCUGUGCGGCCCGCGGCUGGAGGCGAAGCUCACGGGCCGGGCCGAGAUCGUGGUCGAGCGCUGCAAGGCCGGGUGGCUCUCCAGGCCAGAUGGCGUGGAGCGGCUCCUGGCGUGGCUGGAGCGCAGAUGCUCUCGACAGGCCGUGCCAGAUGUCGGCCAGGAGCUCGAGACGUUCUUGAUCAAAACGAAGCGCCGCAAGCUCGAGCCAAUGCAGCAGUGGACGGACCGCUUCGAGACAGGGUACCAGUACCUCAGGCGCGCGCUGGCACGCGCGCUGGGACACACAGUCCCGGUCCAGGUCGCUCCAGCAUGGAAGUGGACAGGGCGACCAUACCGCUGGAUCGAGGAGGAGCUCGGGGACAUGCCGGAAGUGUUCCCGAGCCUGGUCCUGGGCUGGCUGAUGCUCGUGCGGUCGGGGCUCGACUCGCGCGAGAGGGCGGCCAUCAUGACGGCGACGGGCGGCUCGCUGAAGGUCAACGCCAUCCGGGAGAAGCUGAUCUCGAGCUGGGAGGGCGACGACCUGGCGGAGCGUGAUGGGCACUCAAGGUUCCCGCAGGCGUACACAGCCCAGCUUGGAGAAGAUGAUCGCGCAUGGCUCGAUGGAGAUGAGGCGCUAGAUGCAAGCAGCUUCGCAGCCGACAUGGAGAACAGCGAGUGGCAGGAGGAAGAACCAGGCCCAGAGGAGGCGAACGAGGACGACAUCGAGAACUACUUGGCGGCUCAGCAGGAGGAGGCGGAGGCGCUCGCGGCGAUCCACACCGCCCAGCGUGCCCUCCGCCAGGCUCGUGAAGCUCAGGCAGACAGCAGGCUGAGCAGGGGCUUCUACAGGGGAGGCACGCCAGAGGCGAGCGCAAAGGUGGCAGAGUGCAGGAAGGAGCUGAAGUUCAACCUCGUGGCCUCGCUGGUCGCCGAGCAGGAGCCCCUGGACUCGAAGUGCGAGGCGAUGUUUGCGGACCAGGCCAUCCUCGAGGGCAAGGGCACCGUCGACUUCGGGUGCGCGGACGCCAUGGGUGGUGAGCGUGCCCUGGACAUCGUGGCCCGUAAGAACUUGGAGAAGUAUGGCGACACCAGGCUGCUGGACGUGAACCUGGACUACAGGCCAGUCUACAGCUUCGGGAAUGGCGAGAAGGAGAGCGCCUACGGACAUGUGAAGUUCGGCAUCACGGGCGCGGGCGUGGAAGGCGACAUCGCCAUCAACGGUUUCUCGAAGGAUGUCCCGAUCCUGGUGUCCAAGAAGGUGUUGAAGAAGCUCGGGGCCGUCGUGGACUGCGAGACUGGGGUGGCCGUGUUCGUGAGGCUCGCACCGGACAUCCCCGUGCAGCUGGAGGAGUCACCUGAUGGAGGACACUACUACCUGAGCCUGGUUGACGACUUGCUGGAGCAGCGCGUCCAGGACCAGAACCAGCUGCGGAACUUCAAGACCAUCUGCGAGAGCAUGCGUGAGUGGGAUUGCCAGCCCGUGGCCGCAGUGUGCCAGGGGCCGGACAGCAGCUCGGAUGACCGGGCCGAGCGUCCGGCCUGGGGCGUGGACGAGCUGAAGCAGGUCCUCAAGGAGCACAUGUUUCCGAAGGACGAGACGCCAGUGCAGAUGGCCAUGACGGGUCUCAGCUCGAUGAAGAAGUCCCAGCUCUUGGCGAAGGCCAUCCUCAUGCAGCACAACCCGGAGCCGACCGACUACAUGGGCUUCGGGAAAUACGAAGCCAUGACCUACCAGCAGGUUCGGAGUCAGUACCCGCCCUACGCAUCCUGGUGCCAGAAGGAGGCGAACCAGGAGAGCAGCUGGGAGCUGGCCCGGUUUGCCUCGUGGCUCAACGAGCAGGAGAUCAUCGACGAGAAGGCGGGGGUGACCAGGGAUCCGAAGGAGGUCCCGAGGGAGCCGGACAAGGCUCGAGGGGGCGCGAGGUCAUCCCGCAGGAGAACGGUAGAUGCGAUCAUGGAGGACGAGAUCGAGGAGCAGGAGAAGCUCGAGGCUGCGAUCAAGGUGCAGAAGGAGGAGAAGGAGUCCAACCGCUUGGUCCAGGAGCAGAUGCUGGCGGCGCUGAACCAGCUCAACCAGAGGAUCGGCAAGCUGGAGGGUUUGAACUGCACGAAGGAGCUGGACCCCAGGAAGCAGCGCUGGCUUGCCAAGUGCAUCCAGGAGAGCGGCCACUUAGAGGACUAUGAGGCGCUGAUGGCCCACGGCGGUACCAAGUUGAUGGAGGUCGCGUGCUGCCCGACGUCCAUCCUGAGCACGAAGAUGGCGGAGAAGUUCGGCGAGGACGCUGUGUGCCGCAUCAGUGCGUGGAACGGUUUCAAACUGGGGACCCCUGGCGGCAACCAGAGGGCUCGGGAGGCACGUGAUGAGGCCGAACCAGACCACCUGUGGAUCUGCACGAGGUGCGGCCCCCUGUCGAACCUCACCCUCGGCUUCAACGGCUCCAACCCCAUCAGGGCCGAGGCCACCCGGAAGCGCAGGUUGCAGGCCAUUAAAGAGUACAAGGGCGCAGUGCAGCUGGUGCACGACCAGGUGGCUCAAGGCAAGCAUGUACACUGGGAGUGGCCCAUCAAGUGCGAGGGCUGGGGCCACACGAUGAUCAGGAAGAUGGUGGAGGACUGCUCCAUGACUGUGGUGAAGGUGGCAGGCUGCCAGCUCGGUGCGAAGGACCGGAAGGGCCUGCCGCUGUUAAAGGAGUGGCUAAUCGCUACGACGUCUCCAAAGAUGGCAGCCCGGAUGUCCCUGGAGUGCCCGGGAGAUCACCGACAUGGGGAGCUCACAGGAGGCAGUCUUACAGCGGCCACCAGCUAUUACCCGGACGAGUUUGCCAGACGAGCUGUUCGCGCGAUGACCGAGGAGGCCGCGCCCGACUACCACGAGUUCAUGAGGUGCUUGGUAGAGCCCGGGGAGUCGGUCGACCAGGCGAUGGUGGCCAACCAAGGGGAGACAAAGAUGAGCUCAGACGUGAGCUCGAAGGAGUACCAGCAGAUCAUGAGGUGGCUCACCUCGAUCCACCGUGGCUCAGGUCAUAGCUCGAAGGCCUCCAUGCUGAAUGCACUUCGGAGGAAGGGCGCCAGCCCACAGGUGGUACAGGUGGCUGAGGACUUCCGCUCUGAAGCUUGUGAGGAGGCGAACAAGUUCAAGCCCACACAUCCGCCCGUCAGCUUAGAGGCCAUCCCGCCGAAGUGGAAGCACAUCCAGGCGGACCAGUUCGAAUGGGGGCACCCGCAGACGAAGGUCAAGUCCAAGAUCUCCCUGAACAUAGACGAGAACUGCCGGGUGCGCGUCAGCAAGCUACUGUACCACAUGGUUGGCGAGGACCGGCACAGGAAUCAUGCGUGGGCCGACCCCAAGCAGUUCUACGAGGAGCGCUGGAUGCCCUACUUCGGCAAGCCACAGAGGGUGAAAGUGGACCCAGAGGGAUCCUGGAUGUCCAAGCAGGCGGCUGAGUACUUUGAUUCCGACUCCAUCGCGUACGAACCCAUACCUGGCCAGGCCCACUGGCACAUUUCCCUCGCCGAGGAGGCCAUCCAGGCCACCAAGGGGACCAUGGACAAGUUGGUGGCGGAGAACCCCGAGAUGACGACGGAGGAAGCCCUGGCCAGAGCGACCGCAGCUGGGAACUCACGUGAAGAUGUUCGGGGACACUCACCCCUUCAACAUGCCCUCGGGCGAGCGCCAGACCUGGACGGACACUUCUUUGAGAGCGACUUCUUCGAACUGCCCUACGUGGAAGCCCAGAGGGUCGACAAGGAGUUCGGGGAGAACUACACAAGAAUGUAUGCGGCCGAGCAGGAGUACCUGAGGCAAGUCUACAUGCGACGCACCAGCAGGGCAGAGAACGCGAAGAAUCAGGCGGUGAAGUCCGUGGUGCCAGGCAUGUGGGCGCGCUACUUCCGGAAGGAGAAAGGUGAAGCUAAGGGCCGAUUCAAGGGACUCGCGAGGGCCCUGGCCACAGAGACGGCGCGGCCGGUGGACAGGGACCUUGGCGAAGGACGGGCCCUACACCCUGGGCGCGCAGGAUCCGUGGUGUGGCUGGUACGAGCCGGGCGUAUCAUCAAGGUGGACCUCUGCCAGAUCCGGGCGGCACCCUCACGGGAGAUCGCCUACGCAGAGCUGAUGGGAGGCAAAGACACGCCCUGGACAGUCCACACCUUCAUGAACCAGACGAUGAAGCACGAGUACCUGGACUUCACUGGCCACGACCCCACCGAGGACGACGUGGAGAUCUCGACCUGGGAACAGAUGAAGGAGAACAUGGCCCUCAUGGCGAAGUCCACUCCAGACGCCAGAGCCUUUUGGGCUCGUCAAGGCACGUCACUGGAGGUCUCCGUUGAGGUUCCCCUGGAGGGCAAGCCGCUCAAGCAGGCCACGAGGCACAUGAGUACCUACAUGGCGAGCCAGCUGCGAAAGGGCAAGCGCGAUAUUUCGGAGAGGACGUUGACCCCGGACGAGGUGGCGAAGUUCGGCCAAGCAAAGGCCAUGGACAUGGAGGUAAACAACUACAUUGUGUCUUCGGUGCUUGAGACGCCCCCACCAGGAGUGACCCCGCCUCCCGAGGACGUCAUGCGCAUGAGGUGGAUCCUCGAGUGGAAGGUGGACGAGAACACGGGCGAGAAGAAGCCGAAGGCGAGGAUUGUGGUCCUGGGUUACAUGGGCCCCGGGUACGUUCACCGUCCGACCAUCGCUCCAACCAUGACGAGAACUUCGAGGCACCUGGUGCUGCAGGCGAUGGCGUGGUUGGGCUUCAAGGGCUACAAAGCGGACGCGACGGGGGCUUUCACGCAGAACAGAGAGAUCCAGCACGACCUGUUCGUGAUGCCUGUGAAGGAGCUCGCGGCGGCGCUGGGGAUGCCCGAGGGCGUUGCGAUGCGGCUCAGGAAGGCGGUCUACGGGCUCGUGGAAGCAGCGAUCGAGUGGUUCAUGACCGUGAGCGAGGCACUGGGGGAGUUCGGUUGGACCCAGAUGAAGAUGGACCCCUGCGUGUGGGUGCUCUACGGCGACGCCCACGGCAAGGAUAACGGCUUCACCAAGGAGGCGCUGAAGGACUUCACGAACCCAGAGGUGCUCGGGGACCUGAUCGCGGCGAAGGGGGACAUGGACAUCAUAGCCAUUGCGGGGUCGCACGUGGACGACUUCCUGCUCGGUGGCAACGACACGGACCCCAGGUGGAUCACUGCCCGGGAGCAGAUCGAGAAGCGCUUCAAGUGGAAAGCCUGGGAGUCGGAGGAGUUCAUGCAGACGGGGGUGCGGAUCAAGCAGCAGCCCGACAGGAGCUUCCGCAUGGACCAGAGCGAGUAUGUGAAGACCAUCGAGAAGGCGCCCUUCGCCCCGGAGCGCAAGAAGGCCAAGGACAUGCCGACCACCGACAAGGAGAAGGGCCAGCUGAGGGCUAUCUUAGGAGCCAUCGGGUGGAGGUCCGAGCAGUCAGGCCCUAUGCAUUCGGCCGACACGAGCCUUCUGCUCAGCACCAUCCCCUCGUCCACCGUGCAGACCAUCAACGAGACCAACCGCUUGGUCGAUCGUGUUCGUGAGUGUGCUGAUCUACCUGUGGUGAUACACAGCCACUCUCAGGCGCAAGUGCUGGUGCCAGUGGAAUGGUCCGACUCCUCCGAGGCCAACCGUCCCGACGGAAAGUCCACGAAGGGCCUGGUGGCAGGGCUGGCACCUCUGAAGAUCCUCAAGGGCGACGAGGCGGACGUGAGCCUCAUAUCCUGGAAGUCCGGGAAGAUCGACGAGCUGUUUGGCAUCAAGUUGCAGUGGCUGGAGAUCCUGGGCAACAACAUCGACUGGAGGAACCCCGAGGGGAUUCUACGCAGACUGCCAGGAGCAGCGGUUGUGGAUUCAAAGGGCCUGCACGACAAGCUGCAGACGACAGUCUACACCUUCCGGGGCAAGGAGAAGUGGACCGACGUGGAGGCCAUGGCCCUGAAGGAGGGGGCGCAGGCUGCGAACAACUGGAUGCUCUGGGUACAUGGGGACGCCCAGCUCGCCAACUCGCUGACGAAGGGACACGAGCCAGGCCAGCUGCGGAUGUAUUUCAACAGCGGGCACCGCUGGAAGCUGGUCUACGACGAGAAGUACCAGAGUGCACGGAGGAGGAAGGCAGCUGGAAUCCAGCCGUUCGAGCACGCAGGAGCGGGCAUUCUCAAGACGCCAGGCGGGACAAUGGCUCACAUCAGUGCAGCUGCGUGCCCGGACUUCCCGCCACAUGAGGCCAUGACCGAGUGCAGCUCAGACGAGGAGGCGGACUCAAGGUCGCCGCACCUCCUCUCCACCGCCGCGGUCACCACCGCGGCAGUCGUGUCAGCCCACGACGACGAGCCCUCCGCCGAGCCGGCCGAGGGCACCAUCCUCACCGAGAUCUUCGACAAGGCCUUGUACGGAUCAUCGGUCUGGCGCGACCGCAGCGAGUCCAUGGCCAACUAUGUGACAAGGAGGCGAAAGGAGUUCGCAGAGUUGCAGGAGGUCAGCGCCACGACUACGAUCUCAGAGGAUAUCCAGGCCGCACUGAUCCUCAGAUUCUGCGGCAUCAGCAUGAAGGAGCAAGCCGCAGUCCUCGCCUCCAACAAGAGCGAGUACAAGCUAGCUGGCAUCGAGUAUGCUCUGCGGGCCCAGUACCCAGCGGUACAUCGACAGCAGGACCGACGCGCUGAUCGCCGAGAGCGAUCCGCCUACGCUUGCGCCGCGUCGGAGCAGGACGAGAACCCGUCAGAGCUCGAUCACGUAUAUUACGAGGACGAGGACGAGGACGGCUACUACCAGGGCGAGGAGGACGACUACGAGCACGGCGAGGACGACGAGUUCGACAUCGAGAACUACGUCGCGGAGAACCUCGACGAGCUUGGCACCGAGGAGGCAGAGGCCCUCGCCCUCGUUCUGCAGAGCCGCAACAAUAUCUUCAACAAGAAGAAGCCGCCUAGGCGAGUGACUUCGAGCUUCCACGGUCGCGGCAAGGUCUUCAUGGUUCUGAAGGGCGAGAUGGAGCACGUCUGCGAGCACGUGGCCGACGACGCCUGCGAGAAGGUCGUCCGCGGCGCCAGCAAGACCACCAGGUACAUCACAUGCAGGGAGUGCGACUGCCACUUCGCGCUCGCCCACCGCAACAAAGGGUUUGAACUGUGGAGCUACCUCAUGAAGGCCCUGAUGGGCACGAAGUGGGGCCGCUUCCUGUCCCGCAAGGAGUUCGCGAGGCGGAUUGCCCUGGUGGCCGACGCCCUGAUGGUCCAGGGUCGCCUCCCAUCUACGUAUCGGAGGCGGACGGCGGCGCCCGCAGCGCGACGCCUUUCUGGCAAGCAGCGGCUAUUCGGCCGGCUGCCUGCAAGAGGCGAUGGACCACGUGCACCUACACUGGCGGCCGCAUCUGCGGCCAGUUCUGCGAGGCCGAGUGCUACUGGAUCAGCACCGGCCGCGCCACCUACACCCGAGAAGCGCAUCAUCAAGGUCGACUUGACCCAAGGCGACCCCGAGCCGAAGCCGGGACCGGAGCUGGCCUUCCUGUACGGCAUCCCGCUUCACCACAGCAUCGAGCUGGUGGAGUUCCCGGAUCUUGACGGCGUCGACCAGCUCAACCCGGUCCCGUGCCCAGCGGAGGUCAUCAACUUCGGCACGCACAAGGGGCGAACCUUCCAGGAUGCGGCGCCCGACCCGGCACUCAUCUGGUACAACAAGUGGGCUCUGGACCAGGUCUUGGGCCCCGAGGCGGAGGAGAUCAACCUCCACUUGUACCGCUACGCGUAUUUCCUCUACGCCAUUGUGAAGAUCGCGCGUGGCAAGUUCAACGUUGCCCCGCAGCAGAUGAUCGACGGCGACAAGAGGAGGCCCCCCGCCGACAACGAUUGGAUGGAGGUCAACGCCGGCGGCUUCACCACCCCGAUUCAGCCCAACAUCCACCAGCCGGACGUCAUCUCUACCUACGAGUGCUCGGUCAUGGCCGCCACUGCCGGCAACGCCUUCUCGGCGCACGACAACGACGCCGACGCCAUGCUCGCCAUCAUCGACACUGGGUGCACGCGUACCAUGCACGGUGAGUCGUGGCGGGCAGCCUUCGAGCGCAAGCUCGCGAGGCGCGGUCUACAGGUAGUGAAGACCCCGACCUCUCGUACAUUCAGAGGGAUUGGCGGCCGCGCGAGGAGCACCACGGCGGUCCGUUUUCCCGUGGGCAUUGGAGGAAAGUGUGGCGAGAUUCUGUCGUGUGAGGUGCCGGGCGACUGCCCGAUGCUGCUCAGCAGGGACAUGCUCACCAAGCUUGGGCUGAGCAUGCGGCUUUCCACGGAGGGCGAUGUCGCCGUUUCUGUCAACAUCGGCGUCUACAACCUGGAGCUCCACCACACUAUGGUGGGCCACCCGGCGGUCAACCUCCUUGACCUGCCGAACGAGAGCUACGAGACGGCCGAUUGGGCGGCGCUGACGAUGCCCGAGGAUCACCACCUCGAGUACUUCCCCGAGAAGUUCCACGUCGGCAUCACCUACGUCGAGCUCUCCCCAACGGUCGUCGACCACGACUACGGACCGGACGUCUUCGCCGCCGAGGCGAUCGAGUGGGGCGGCAAGCGCAACCUCACCAACAAGAAGUCCAAGAAGCUCGAGCAUUCCCUGCAGGCCAUUGCCGUGCAGGAUGAGGUGGUGCAGGCCGUCGUGGAGAAGCAUCCGCCCAGGGCCCGGCUGCCUGCAGGUUCCAGGACAUGGGUCAAGCAGACCUACGCUGGCCAGAUGGGUUUGACAGUGCUCAUGGCCGCGAUGGGCCUCUCGGUCGGCGCCCCACUGGACAAGCACACGGGCUGGGACGCUACCACCAGGCUGGGCAGGCAGAGGUACGACGCGGAGAUCACCAACGAGGAGCCGUACUGCCUCGUGGUCUCGCACCCCUGCUCGCCGUGGGGCAACUGGAGCAGAUUCAACAUGGCCCGUUGCCCGGAGACCGAGAGGAAGAUCUUGGCCAAGCGCGAGGCGAACCGCCCCAUUCUCAGGCAGGUGGACUCCUCAGUGGACAGCCGAGUGCGGAGGGGCUUCCACGUGGCGCUGGAGCACCCCCAGGGCUCCGAGGCCUUCGACGAGCCGGAGAUGUCAAGGACGGCCGCCCAGACCUUCGUGGGCCAGUUCGACUACGACGAAGCCGUCGAUCCCGACGGCGAGCGAGCCCGAGAGGCCGCUCAGCUCGGCCCCAUCACCAACACCAAGGAGGCCGAGCGGCGCAGGCGAUGGCUGGAGGCCCCGCCAGAGGUCAGGAAGGCCAUCCGCCAGCUCCACGUCAACUUCCACCACUGUUCGAACGCGACUCUGACCAGGCUGCUGAGGCGCCGAGGAGUCAAGCCGGAGGUGCUGAAGUACGUGGAGUUCUUUUCCUGCGACGCUUGUGGCGACGCCGUCCGUCGGCGCGCCCCACGACCUUCGCGGUUGCCAGGUCAGUACGUGUUCAACUACGCCAUCCAGCUGGACACCUUCCACGCCUACGACGCCGCCGGGACCCCCUACUCCUUUAUGAACUGUAUCUGCGAGGGGGCGAACUUUCAAGUCGUGUACUGCAUGGGCCCGGCUCGUGGAUCACCGACAGCACGUGCCACUACCAAGGCGUUCACUACCAGCUGGACCCCGUGGGCUGGCUACCCAGAGAAGCUCACGGUGGACCUGGGCAAGGAGUGGAUGAAGGAUUUCGCCUCCAAUGCGAAGGCGCAUGGCGUGCAGGUCGACCUGGCCCCGUUGGAGACGCCGCAUCUCAUCGGCAAGUGCGAGCGCCACGGGGGCAUUUGGAAGGAGAUCUGGCGACGUACUGUCGCCGACUCGCAGGUCACAGGACUGGGCGACGUCGAGGAGACUGCCUCCAUCGUGACCCAGGUCAAGAACGAGCUGGGCCGACGCGGGGGGUUCUCCCCUUCGCAGUGGGUCUUGGGGUCUCAUGGGCCCCGUGCCCCAGGAAGCCUCCUACAAGACGACGAGGCGCAGCGGUUGGAGGUCGUCGAGGCGUCGCUCGACCCCCGGUCUGCCAUGGCCCGCACCAUGGCCCUGCGCGAGGCGGCCCGCAUCGCACACGUCCGCCUCAACUCCGACGACCGCGUCAAGCGCGCCAUCCUGCGCAAGGCGCGGCCUAGCCGAGGCCCUUUCAACAUUGGGGCCAUCGUGUACUUCCGCCGGUCGCAGACCCGAGUCGGCGAGAGCCCCGAGGUCACGCGCCGCUGGUUUGGGCCAGCCCGGGUUAUCGGGCAUGAAGUGCGCGACCCACGUCACCUCUCUCGCGACACAGACGAGCCCGUCGGCACACUGGCCCAUGCAGUGUGGCUGCGCUACGGACACACCACCGUGCUCGCAGCUCCUGAGUCGCUCAGGUUCGCCUCCGAGGACGAGCUGCUCGCCAUGCACACCUACGUGAACCCAGACCUGUUGUCCCUUCGGUCACUGAAGGGGGCCAGGCACUACAUCGACAUCCGGGCCGAUACAGCAGCAGCCUCGCCCGCCCCGAUGCCCAGGCCGCAACAGCACGCGGCUGGUCACGGAGGGGUGGUUGGGGGCGUGCUCGGAUCUGCCGGACCAGGACCUGACGUAAAUUUCGAUUUCGACGAGUUCAACACCGAGGCGAGCCCAGCAUUCAUUCCGAAGUUCAAGGUCAUCGGAACGAUCCUCGAGUAUCCCAGGCCUGUCGCUUACCCAGCUGGACAGAGCCCGGAGCGUCUGGAUCGGGGUUCCAUCAAGAAGCCUCGUACCUUCCAGGGCUACGUGGAGGAGGAGUUCAGCGUCAUGGAGGAUGCCCUCCACGAGGUGUUCCUCACCAGCGACUACAAGCCGGACCUGGCUGUCGCCUACGAGUGGCGUCGCACCGACUACGGCAUCAAUAAGUUCAUCACUACGGACAAGCGUGGCCCUCGCUGGUCCAAGGUGCUUCGCCGCAUCACCAGAGACAUCAAGACAGGCAUCGUGAUCGAUGACACCGACGUCAGAGGUCUUGCUCUUCGCGAUGCUCGCCUUCGUCGGCCUCUGCCUGGUGGCACCACCGCGGUCGAGGCCAUCUUCGUUCACACCGACGAGGACGUGGACACGAACGACACAGUCGAGUUCGCCUAUCUCACCAAGGGCGCGGUCCGCUCCGAGAUCAGACUUCAAGACCUCGCCCCAGAGCAGAGGAAGGAGUUCGGUCAGGCUAUGGCCAAGGAGUGGCGCAGCUGGACUGAGUUCCAGGCCGUCGAGGUGCUGAGCUUUAGCCAGGCCAAGGAGCUUCUCGACAGGGGUGCCUCCCCAGUUGGGACGCGCUGGGUCCACACGGACAAGAACGCUAAGAAGCGCAACCUCAAGCAGACCUACGACGACACCCCGCUCGCUGCCAAGAGUCGGCUCGCCGUGCAGGGCUGCCAGUCCGUCUACGAGCCCUGUCUGUUCAUGCUCAGGGACAGCAAGGGCAAGCUCAACGGCUUGCUGUGUACGCACGUCGACGACCUCUUCGUCACGGGCGCGGGCGAGCAGUUCGAGCGCGUGAUGGAGAUCAUCAAGGACAAGAUUCGCCUUUCCUUCCAGUCCGACACGUUCAGGUACUGCGGCAAGACCGGACAGGCCGCCACGGUCGAGGCGCUGGAGUACAUCACCCUCGAGCCGCACCGCCGGCGCAAGCCCACUGCGCCACUCACCGCGGAGGAGAUCUCUGCCCUCCGUAGCGGUGUUGGGUCGCUUGGCUGGGUAGCACGGCAGACGCGCCCCGACCUGGCCGUCCACGCUUCACUUGGGGCUCAGGCCAUGAGUGGCCCCAAGAUCCGUGACAUUGUUGCAGUGAAUCGUGCCAUCAAGAUGGCUAAGGACGACGUUGAUUUCAAGCUGAUGUUUUCAUCCCGCCUGGACUGGGACAGCGCCAUCGCGUCCGGCUGCGGGGACAGCAGCCAUGGCAACAUUGACGACCUUACGCUAGGAGAGAAGACGGACGCCACCGCGAUCAUGCAUCCACUGGAAUGGGCUAGCGCAACGAUCAAGCGAGUGCUUCGUGGAUCGCUAGCAGCUGAAUGCAACGGUUUCUUGACGACGGCCGAGAGCGCGGAGUUCUUCAAGCGCGUGAUCGCCGAGAUCUCCGAUCCCGGCUACUCAUCCUACCAGUUCGACCCGUUCUUCGACGGCAAGCAUCUGCUGCUGCUGACGGACGCGAGCGGCCUCGUCACCUCUUUGGAGAAGGACGGUGGUCAGCCCGCUGACAAGCGAGUGCGGAUCCUGAUGGCCCAGAUCCGCCAGCUACUCGGCCAUGACGUGCUGAAGCAGGAGCGAGAGGGAGAUGACUGGAGGAUACGUGUCAGGUGGAUCGACACGAAGCUGAUGAUCGCGGACUCUUUGACGAAGGCCGAGGCUGAGAGGAGUUUCUUGCUAGAGCGGCUGUCUGAGGGCCGCUGGUGUUUAGCGCAGACGAAGGAGAUGCUCGCUGCUAAGGCAGCGGCAGGCGAGGCGCGCCGAGCCCGCAAAGCCCGGCCUGGCGAUGCGGAGGGGUAG